AUGCCUCGGAUAUCGCCUCUUUUCCGCCAACGACUCAUCCUUGCCGCGAAAGUAGCUGCUGGAGUCUCAGUCACCGGCGCAGCAAGCUUUCACUUUGUGACACGGAAAUGUUGCUUUGAACCGUUUGGACCCGAGAAUGGCAGAUCGCUGUUCGAGCAUUCGUUAUUGAAGCAGAUCAAUCCUUGGAAUAAACCCGUGUCUGCCGACUCGUGUGUCAGGGAAGUACCAUUCGAUAAGCUGGAUAAAGCACUUAUUGAAGAUGCAAAGAAUGGAGGAACCAAGUUGAUUGAGAGAUUCAUUGCAGGAAUGUGGGGAGGAUUUGGAUAUGGUAUCCAAAGAAGAAUCAUGACAUUCUUCAAGAACGACAAAAAUAAGAAUGACUUAUGGGAGAAGAAGGAUCUUCUGGAAUCAACUUACGAGCCUGGCACGUAUUUCACGAACCAUUUCGUGGUUCUCGCGAAAACACCAACAUGCAUCACGAUGAGAGGUUGCUUUGGCCCUCAUGAGUCACCACCAUCUCCCAAGGACGUUGAUAAUAUUGUUGAGAUUCGCGCUGAGCUGGAUGAAGCGAAACAGGUGGCGAUCCUAAAGCUCCAGGUCAUCACGUUUGAUGGGAGGAAAGAAGCGAGUGAUAAGGAAGAUCCAUUUGGUGGAGUGGGAGGGUGGCUUCACAGACGGUAUUCUACUCUGCUGGUUGAGUCAGGAGCCAGAAACUGUCUGAAUUGAGCACAUUGCGGGACACAUGCUAUCAAAAGCUCUCUUGAUAAAACACUAUGGAUUUCAGACUGGCUUCUCAAGUCCUUUAGUCUGAACCGGACUAAAGCGCUUCGAAAUGAUCUUUCUUUGGACGAGAUCGGAAUGCUGUCGCUCAAGACAAAGUUGAAAUUCCAUCCAAAACACACAUAAUUAUGUACACUAUAUACAUUUAUAUCACUCCUGUAGGUCUGCAUCAGCGUAUCCCAUCAAAACCAGUCCAUGACAACUUACCACCGUCUUUCGUUUCUAUCCAUUAACAUUAUCGAUAGCAUCGACCGGCACUGCAGUAUCUAGCAGUAUUCUUGCAGCAUUCCUUCUUGCAACACUUCUUCGUGCGGCAGCAGAAGUUACCAAUGGAGCACUUUCUGGGGAACUUGGCGGGGCAGACUUUAGCAGCAAGUUGAAGAGCCUC